AUGGCUUCCAUUGAUGUAGAAGAUGUGCUUUCAAAGCUGACGGAAAGAGAAAAGAUAUCAUUGCUUGCAGGUAUCGACUUCUGGCACACACAACCAAUUUCUAAACAUGGCAUUCCUUCUCUACGACUCUCCGAUGGUCCCAAUGGUGUCCGUGGCACUCGCUUCUUCAACGGUGUGCCAGCAGCUUGUUUCCCCUGCGGCACAGCCCUGGGCGCGACCUUCGAUACUGAACUCCUCGAAGAAGCCGGUCGUCUGAUGGGCAAAGAAGCAGUUGCGAAAGGUGCUCAUGUGAUUCUCGGUCCCACGAUCAACAUGCAGCGAUCUCCCCUCGGCGGCCGCGGCUUUGAGUCCAUUGGAGAGGAUCCCUUUCUAGCUGGUCUAGGAUCUGCAGCUCUGGUCAGAGGAAUGCAAGAAAAUGGCGUUGUAGCCACGAUCAAGCAUUUCGUCGGCAACGACCAGGAGCAUGAACGUAAUAGAGUCGACUCGAUUGUUACGGAACGUGCACUGAGAGAAAUCUAUCUCAUGCCUUUUCAACUGGCAGUCAGAGAUGCUUAUCCCAAGUCUUUCAUGACUGCUUACAACAAGAUCAACGGCACGCACGUCAGCGAGAACACAAGAAUCUUGAAGGAUAUCUUGAGAGGGGAGUGGGGGUGGAAGGGCUUAGUGAUGAGCGAUUGGUUCGGUGUAUACUCGGUAUCCAAGUCAGUUAUUGCUGGUCUGGAUCUGGAGAUGCCUGGUCCCACUCGCUUCAGAGGAGAAGCUCUGAUUCACGCAGCAACUGCCAACAAGAUUCCUGCUGGUGUGAUUGAUGAUAGAGCAAGACAAGUUCUGGAGUUGGUAAACGAAUGUGCUGCAUCAGGUGUAAAGGAGAACGCCGAGGAGACCACCAACGACACACCCGAGACGUCGAAGUUGCUGCGAAGACUUGCCGCCGAGUCAAUUGUGCUGAUGAAGAACGAGGGCAACGUUUUACCGCUCAAGAAAGACAAGAAAAUCCUGAUCAUUGGACCUAACGCGAAGGCUGCUACAUAUUGUGGUGGUGGCUCAGCAUCUCUUCGUCCAUACUAUGCUGUUACACCUUACGAAGGAAUCGUCGACAAAGUUGGCGAGAAGAACGUUGAUUUCAGCAUUGGUGCAUACUCUCACAAAGAAAUGCCCAGCUUGGGCGUCGAUUGGAGAACGACUGCCAAGGAGGACGGCGAGCACGGUGUGCUCUUCAAGGCAUAUAAUGAGCCUCCAGAGGACAAGGACCGCAAAUGUGUCGAUGUGUUGGGUCCUUUCACAAACGCUUCUAUGAUGUUCAUGGAUUAUAAGAACCCAAAGCUCAAGUCCGGACUCUGGUAUGCUGACCUUGAGGCGUACUUCACAGCCGACCGCGACGGUGAAUACGAACUUGGUGUCUGCGUGUAUGGAUCAGCAAAGGUCUUCAUCAACGACGAGGUUGUACUCGAUGUUACGGAGAAGCAACGCCAGGGUUCUGCAUUCUUUGGCCUCGGCACCGAAGAAGACAUCUGCGCUGUUCCCAUGAAGAAGGGACAGACCUACAAGCUUCGCCUAGAGUUCGGCAGUGCACCGACUAGCAAACUGACUGGUGGCACUGUAGACUUCGGCGGCGGUGCUGUUCGUGUCGGAGGAGCUUGGAAGAUCGACGCUGAUGAAGAAGUUCGUCGUGCUGCUGAGCUCGCAAAGUCUGCCGAUCAAGUUUUGGUUUGCGCAGGUCUGAACAUGGACUGGGAGAGUGAAGGCUUUGACAGACCUGACAUGAAGCUACCAGGCCAUUUGGACCGCCUGAUAUCCGCUGUUGCAGAAGCCAACCCUCGCACAGCAGUCGUCAUUCAAAGUGGUACGCCAGUGGAGAUGCCUUGGUUGGACAAAGUGCCAGCUUUGCUCCAGGCUUGGUACGGUGGCAAUGAGACUGGCAACGGCAUCGCAGAUGUCGUAUUCGGCGAUGUCAACCCCUGCGGCAAAACAUCCUUGUCAUUCCCCAUCAAGAACGAAGACAACCCUGCAUUCCUCAACUACCGUUCUGAAGCUGGUAGAGUAUUGUACGGCGAGGAUAUCUACGUUGGGUAUCGUUAUUACGAUAUUCUUGGCCGUCCUGUGGCUUUCCCCUUCGGCCACGGAUUAUCUUACUCGACAUUCAGUUUCUCGGAUCUAAAGCUUGAGACACCUUCGGAUAGUGAGGGCAAUCUCAUUGCCAAGCUCACGGUGAAGAACACUGGCAAAGUGGCAGGAGCACAAGUGGCUCAGCUGUACAUCUCACCAAUCUCGCCAUCGAUCCGUCGACCAACAAAGGAGCUCAAGGCCUUUAGCAAGGUGUUCCUCAACGCAGGCGAAGAAAAGGUUGUGGAACUCAAGGUGGCACUCAAGUAUGCCACCAGCUUCUGGGAUGAGAGCAGAAAUGCUUGGAUCUCUGAGAAGGGCAAGUACAAGGCCAUUGUCUCGGAGAGCAGUGUUGUCAACGAAAGUGCUGUUGAGGGCACUUUCGAAGUGCAGAGGACGAAAUGGUGGAAUGGACUAUAG